GAGGAAGGUGGAGGAGGAGGUGGAGGUGGUGGUAUGGUGCUGGAGGUCUGCAGCUGACAUAGCUCAGGCUUCAGCUGUGAUUGGUCCUCGUUUGGAGAAGCUCAUGGGUUCAUUCCGUUGUUAAGCGCCUCCCCAUUUCUCUAAACUACAUUAUAAUGCAACGAACCUCCCUUUUAACCACAAACCGAAUUUGCUUUCAUUUAGGCUAUAUAUAUUUCUUAAAUAGGUUAAAGUCAUAGAGAUUUUUUUUUGCCCUGGAGCGGUGCGCAAUGCUCUCUCAUGCCGACCUCCUGGAUGCUCGCCUCGGUGAGUUAUCAUCACCAAACUCCGGUCUUCAACUCUACUGGAUGAAGGAUGCUGCAGAGCUUCUGGGUCACAGAGAGGCUCUGAAAUGCAGGCUCGGAGGAGGAGGACCUGAUCCAGGACUCUCUGGAGAGCUCGGAGGUCCGGACGGAGUGGAAGGCUCCACGAUGCUCCCCGGUGAUGAGAUCAGCAGCGGUGGAGGAUCCAACACCGUGCAGGUCAACAGCAAAGAGCAGCAGGAGAAGCAGCAGAACAACAACCCAAACAACCAGUCUGCAGGAGGAGGAGGCCAGCAGAGCCAGAGUCAGAGUCAGAGUCAGAAACAGAAGCGACACCGGACCCGGUUCACUCCUGCGCAGCUCAACGAGCUGGAGAGGAGCUUCGCCAAGACGCACUACCCAGAUAUCUUCAUGCGAGAGGAACUGGCUCUGAGGAUCGGACUGACGGAGAGCAGAGUGCAGACGGAGUCCAGGGUGCAGGUUUGGUUCCAGAACCGACGCGCCAAGUGGAAGAAGCGCAAGAAGACCACCAAUGUGUUCCGGUCUCCUGGGACUCUGCUGCCGACCCACCACGGCCUGUCUCAGUUCAACUCUGCAGCGGCUGCAGCAGCGGCCAUGGGAGACAGUCUGUGCUCCUUCCACGCCAACGACACCCGCUGGGCCACUGCAGGGAUGCCCGGAGUGUCUCAGCUGCAGCUGCCUCCGUCUCUGGGUCGCCAGCAGGCCAUGGCUCAGUCUCUGUCUCAGUGCAGUCUCGGUGCAGGACCUCCACCCAACUCCAUGGGUCUGUCUAACAUGUCCAACGGCUCCGGGCUGCAGUCUCACCUCUACCAGCCCACUUUCCCCGGGAUGGCCUCUCUUUCUGGUCCGACCAACGUGAGCCAUCACUCCUCGCCUCAGCUCUGCAGCUCCCCGGACAGUGAGGUCUGGAGAGGGACAAGCAUCGCGUCGCUGCGCCGCAAAGCGCUGGAGCACACAGUCUCCAUGAGUUUCACCUAGUAACCACAGAGAAGAGCUUUUCUUUCACAUGCACAGAGAAUCUUCUGCAUUUAGUUCUUUACUCAUCCAAUGCAUCCACACGUUGCACCAGGAGACAUACAACCAGGAUACUUGCAGAGCUCAGCUGGCAUUUUUUUCCUCCCAAAUCAUGCACUGUUAAGAAUGUCCCAGUAAAAUAACAGUAAAGAACUGGCAGCAGGGUUGCUCUUUACGUUACUGUAGAAUUAACAUUAUUAUACUGUCGCUGAAAUGUACAGCUUUGUUCUGUUAAUGAAAAAUACAGUUUGAACUUUAUUAAUUUCACAGUAUUUUUCACAGUAUCUUACUGAUUUGUUUUAAUGCACUAUUUAUUAUUUUAUGAUGCACAUGCAUUAAAACCAAAUUUAAAACACAGAUGCAGAAAUGAAGACAGCAAUGAGUGCAGAGAGACAACUACAGCAUGCACAUUACAAUCUGCUCCUUAAAUACUCUUAAUUCAAUUCCCUGCAUAGACAAACCACAGCUGCACUGUUAAGAAUUUCCCAGUAAAAUAACAGUAAAGAACUGGCAGCAGGGUUGCCUUUAAGUUACUGUAAAAUUAACAUUAUUGUACUGUUAAUGAAAAAUACAGUUUGAACUGUUUUUUUAAAAUUAAUUUCACAGUAUUUUACAGAAGCAGUAGAAAAUGAUGCACAUGCAUUAAAACCAUCUAGAAAUUUAAAACACAGAUGCAGAAAUGAAGACAGCAAUGAGUGCAGAGAGACAACUACAGCAUGCACAUUACAAUCUGCUCCGCAGCAUCCUUCAUUCCUGCACAGACAAACCACAGCUGGUCACAUUUAAACACUUUCAGCUAUAGGAGGGGGGAAAAUAACAUGUUAGUCAACACCAGCAAACACUUUACAGAAGCAUUAGUUUAGCUGUAGUUGUCUCUGUGCACACAUUGCUGUCUUAAAUGCAGUAGAAAAAUGAUGCACAUGCAUUGAAACCAUCUAGAAAUUUAAAACACAGAUGCAGAAAUGAAGACAGCAAUGAAUGCACAGAGACAACUACAGCAUGCACUGUUAAGAAUUUCCCAGUAAAAUAACAGUAAAGAACUGGCAGCAAGGUUGCCUUUAUGUAACUGUAAAAUUAACAUUAUUAUACUGUCGCUGAAAUUUACAGCUUUUUACUGUUAAUGAAAAAU